UCUCUCUGCACAUAACUCCAACAAAAAGUGUUUCUCUCUCAGUUAAGACAAACAGAGAAAAGGUACAAAGUCUCGAUCUCUUUGGAUUUCUCUUUGUGGGUCUCUCUCUUUCAAUAUGGACGGCAAAAGAAGCUUUGAGAUCAAUAAGAACAUGGGAGACUUCGAGAACAACGUGGAUGACGAAAUGGACCUGAGGAGAGGUCCAUGGACGGUUGAGGAAGAUUUCAAGCUCAGCAAUUACAUUUCUACUCUUGGAGAAGGCCGAUGGAACUCUCUAGCUCGUUGCGCCGGUCUCAAAAGAACCGGAAAAAGCUGUAGAUUACGGUGGUUGAACUAUCUCCGGCCAGACAUCCGCCGUGGAAACAUAACCCUUGAAGAACAACUCUUAAUUCUUGAACUUCACUCCCGUUGGGGCAAUAGAUGGUCUAAGAUUGCACAAUAUUUACCAGGAAGAACAGAUAACGAGAUUAAAAACUACUGGAGAACACGUGUGCAAAAGCAUGCGAAACAGCUUAGAUGCGACGUCAACAGUCAACAGUUUAAAGACACCAUGAGGUAUCUUUGGAUGCCUCGUCUAGUAGAGCGGAUCCAAGCCGCCUCCGCUUCAUCCACCACUGGUUCUGCUGCCAAGUUUUGUGUCACCACCACCACAGAUCAGUUCGUGAUCACGUCAUACGACGACGGAGCCAACAACAACAAUACCAGCAUAGACCAUUUGGGUUUAACGAACAACCCUAAUGGUUACGUCACGUCGGGAACUUCAAGCGUGACAGUAUCUCCGGCGUCCGGUUUGACGGAGUAUAAUAUAGGCAGUGAAGUGGGAAAGAUUAUAACUAGUUUUGAUCCGGAUCAGAGUUUGGUGGGUCCACAAAUCCUGUUGCCAUCGCAAAACUACCUGGAUGAUAAAAGUGGAUUAUUAAACGGAGGUUUAGGGGAUAUGCAGGAGCAGAGCUAUCCCAACUUGUUUGAAAAUAUUAAUGGAAUGAUACCUUCUUAUUCGGACAGUUUCUGGAACAUUGGAAGUGAUGAAGACUUUUGGCUCUUACAGCAGCAGCAACAACAACAACAGCUCCUCAACAAUAGAAGCUUCUGAAUAGACAAAAUAAUUAUCUAUAAAGAAAAAAGAAUAGUGAAGUGGAUUAACUAGUGUGUGAAAGAAAUUGGUGUUAAAGGAAAAAAAAAACUUAUAUUUGAAAAAGGAGGGUUUCAUAUAUA